UCUUUCAAGUCGACCGCUUCCUCGCUGUUGUCGCAUCGGUUUUGAAAGGAUUUUGAGAGUUGGAAUAAAGACAUCGACUUCGAUACCGUACUCCGUACCUUCGUCUUAUAUCGCUGUACCCUGUUCGAUGAAUUAUACGACUCGCCAAUCGACCGCGCUGUUCGACCUUUGAAGAUUUCGCGUUCGUUCAUUGAGCCCAUUUGCUCUGUCCAUUCUUUUCUAUUGCCUCGAAAAAAAAAACGCCAUAUACGUUCUCUACGAUAAUUCCCGGGUAGCUGACCCAUCAUGCUGCCCAGAACUAUCGCCGUUUUCGCGGCCUUCCUGUCCGUGGGAGGUCUAGACCUCGUCGCCGCGCAGGAUGCUCCAGACGCGCAACCCGAGCACCUUCCCAACAAGAGAGGCCUCAUCGAUGCCCUCACAGGCAACUCCGCCCCGCAAUCGCAGGACUCCAACGAGGGCGCACCCAGUUCCCAGAGCAACUCUGGAAUCCUGGGUAACAUCUUUGGUGGUGGAUCCAACACUCCCGAGCCAACGACUUCUGCCCCGCCAACGGUUGUCUUGCCCUUGACACUUUCCGUCGAUCUCAAUGGUCAAACGCACACCAUCACCGGUACGCCCUCCGGUGCGCCUGCUGGUGCCUCGACGGUCACUAGUUCGAUUUGGACCUCCGAGACGGCCGUUUCGAGUGCUCCCGCUUCGUCUGCUGCCAUUACUCCCACCGAAGAAACAUCUGAGCCCGCUUCCCCGUCUCCUACGUCACCUCCGGCCCCGUCCUCUCCUGAGCCAACGACAUCGAGCAGCCCCGCGCCCAGCUCCUCGAGCGACGACAACGAUGGUGGCCUGCUUGGAGGCAUUCUGGGCGGUGAUUCGGGCGCCUCGUCUACCCCCGCUCCUAGCUCUUCGAGCAGCUCCGACGACCAGGAUGGUGGAUUGCUUGGAGGACUCCUAGGUGGUGACUCGAAGACUACGGCUAGCUCUUCUGCAUCGAGCACGCCCGCUAGCACCAGCGAUGACCAGAGCGGUGGUCUGCUCGGAGGACUUCUUGGAGGUGAUUCCACCAGCUCCAGCACUGAGUCUUCAACUCCCGCCAGCACUCCUGCGUCGAACACCGCGAGCGCUAGCAAAGACAAUGACGGUGGCUUGCUUGGUGGCCUUCUUGGAGGUGGCUCGUCCCAGACGACCAGCUCCCCCACUUCCAGCACUUCCAGCACUUCCAGCACUAGCAAGGACAAUGAUGAUGGUCUGCUUGGUGGACUCCUUGGAGGCGGUUCGUCCCAGACGUCCAACUCCCCCGCUUCCACCACUGCCAGCACUAGCAAGGACAGUGACAGCGGUUUGCUUGGAGGACUCCUUGGAGGCGGUUCGUCCCAGACGUCCAACUCCCCCGCUUCCACCACUGCCAGCACUAGCAAGGACAAUGACAGCGGUUUGCUUGGAGGACUCCUAGGAGGCGGUUCGUCCCAAACGACCAACUCUCCUGCGUCGAGCACCGCCAGCGCCAGCGCCAGCGCCAGCGCCAGCAAAGACAAUGACAGUGGUCUGCUUGGCGGCCUCUUGGGAGGUGACUCCAAGGACACUUCGACAAGCUCUCCUGCUUCCAGCACUGCGAGCGCCACCAAGGAUAACGAUGGUGGUUUGCUCGGCGGUCUUUUGGGUGGUGACUCUACGCAGACCCCAACAAACUCUGCGUCGAGCACGGCCAGCACCAGCAAAGAGAAGGGCCUGCUUGGUGGUCUCCUGGGAGGUGAUGACUCCAGUACUACGUCCACAGCUAGCAACUCGGGCUCGCCAUCCUCCACUGCCGCUUCGAGCACCAACGAUGGUGGACUGCUUGGUCUUGGAAACAUUCUGGGAGGUGAUGACAGCUCUGCCACACCUACGGCUAGCAAGACCGGUGGAUCCAACUCGACCGUCACCUCUUCCACGCCCACUAGCACCAAUGACGGCGGUCUUCUCGGACUAGGAAACAUCCUGAGUGGUGAUGACUCGACCAGCACCAGUGCUUCGCGCACAGCUAGCACCGCCAGCUCCAGCAAAGAAAAGGGUUUGCUUGGUGGUCUCCUGGGAGGUGAUGACUCCAGCCCUACGCCCACGGCCAAGGAAUCCAACUCUACUGUCGCCUCUCCUUCUGCCUCGAGCACCAGCGAGGGUCUGGUUGGUGGUCUUGUCGGCGGUCUGCUCGGAGAUGAUGAUAAGCCGACCCCGUCAUCCAGUGGAUCCGCCUCUCCCUCUCCUACUAGCAAGGGUCUGGUCGACGGCCUGGUUGGUGGCCUCCUUGGAGGUGAUUCGACUUCUAGCAAGCCCCUCAUUCGCCCCAGUGGAUCCGGUUCUUCGUCUUUCAGAGCCGGCUCGCCUACCCCCACUCCCAGCGAAGGUCUUCUUGGCGGUCUCCUGGGUGGUUUGUUGGGUGAACCUUCUUCGUCUGGUCUGCAAUCCAUCUCCGUCAACGUCCCUACAUCGACACCUGCCUCCGCUACUUCGUCGGAGGGUCUUUUGGGUGGACUGUUGGGCUCCCUUCUGGGUCCUGAGUCUUCUACCAGCGGCUCCCCGAGCGCACCGUCCAGCGGCCUGUUCGGUACUUCGAAGUCUCCUACCCCCACCGGCGAAGCUGCCCCUGGUAGCUCUGCCCACCCUACUCCUUCUAGCGGCUUGUUCGGUUCCAGCAAGCCAUCGGUGGUAGCUACUAGCAAAGCAUCGCCUACUCCUACGCCGUCCAGCAGCCCGUCGCCUACGUCUACUACUGAGCAGCAGACGAGCUCGACCACCACUCAGGCCGUCGUCACCCACAAGCCUACCACGACAGAGGACAACGACUGGGUUCCCUCUACUAUUCUGGUGGAGCCUCCAAGCACUACGCACGAGACUGAGACCCACCACACUGCCACUGCGACUAGCCAGCCCACUCAGCUUCCUGGAUCUAUCUCGCCCGCCGGCGGUGUACCCGACACCCCUCCUGCCAACUCGUCGCUUAUCCAGAUCGGUUUCAACGGCAAGCUGCGCUACAGCUUUGUGGCCAGUACGACUUUGUCGUCGUCGCAAAUCUUCUUGUACAUCCCGCAGGGUCUUGGAUACGCUCUGGACGUGCUUGGUGAUGAGAUUACAAUGUUCGCGAUCCAGCCCUAUGACAACUCUGCCAGCACGGGUUACAUUGCGACAGUUGCCAUGGCUUAUAUCCCUACGGACGCGAUCGAAGAGCUGCGUGACCAGCUGCACAACCCCGGGUCCCGUCUCUACCACCAAGCCAGCCCAUCUGUCAACGCUCUGAUGUCGAUGAUCGACCCUACCAUCCCUCUGGUCAUCGGUGGGUCCAGCUCUUCCAGCAGUGGAAGUGGCACAUCCAACGGCGGUGGAUCGAACGGCAGCAACGACGGCGAUGACGACUCCGACUCCAACGACGGCAACGCCGACGGUGGUGCCAGUGGCUCUUCGUCCACUCGUGCCAGCUCUGUUGGCAUUGGUGUUGGUGUUGUGGGUGGUGCUGCCGCCUACGGUGCUGGUAUGUUCUGGGUGGCCCGUCGCUACCGCAAGAGACGUCAACUUCACCAGCGUACCAACUCAACUGUCGAGCAGCAGAGCGAGGGCCGUGGAGGCGGUUCUCCAUUUGCUGCCGGUGGUCGUCUGUCUCCGCACAGUCUCAGAAGCAACCGGACCCAGAUGAUCAGUGCGCCUGUCAUGGCCGAAAACUCUCUAGGAUGGAACUAGAUGGUUUCAUAAGGAAACAGACCACUUAAAAGAUUUUUCGACCUUGUCAUAUUCCAGAAGAUGUGUGUAUUAUGUUGGACAUUAUUUUGAUAUUCUACCUGUAUCAAUUUUCUCCAAGGGUCUCACCCGCGGAGACCCUUUUUUUUUUUCUUCUUCUUAUU